GGGGGGGGGGUCCGGUUUCUCAAGAUGGCGGCUACUGUACAGCUCCUGUGCCUGGCAACUAGCAGUGGCGUGCCUCUGUAUUGCAGAAGUAAGGGGGAGAGUAGGCAGCUUCCGUUCUCGGUUAUUGGCUCUUUGAAUGGAGUGCACAUGUUUGGGAGUAACCAGGAUAUUUUUCUAACCAGCACCUGUACUGACAACACCAGGGUCUGUUGGAGAGUUUUCCACGACAGCAUCACACUCAUUGCCAUGUCCUCUGAGGAAGAUGCAAGUGACCUUUACCUUAGCCACCUGUUGGACAACGUCUUCAGUGCCAUGGUGCUGGUGAUUGGUUUGGAUGAUCUGGUGAAUCUUAAAAAUGUGGAACGAUUGAAGCGGGAACUGCGGGCCUGUUACAAGCUUAUUGACAGUUUCCUGGCUGCCUUGGAUUGGAUGGGAGACCUGACCCAGUGCGUGGAUUGUGUGGUGUCUCCACACUCCGACAUACUGCAGGAGGCGCUCGAUGUAUUUGUUGUUGCUGCUGCCUCUGAGAGUAACUUUGGGUGCCUUAUGGUCAUGGGCAAAGUCGUCGUGGCGACAGAGAAGUGGUGGCGGCUCACAGCACAGGAGGUCAUGCUGUUGGCAUGGCUGGUGGGAUCCCUGGCGCCCAGCACAUCACGUGACUACCCCAUCUAUCUGCCUCAUGGCAGUCCCACGGUACCCCACAGGCUAUUGACCUUUCAGCUGGUCCCUGGAGUAGAAGUGUGCCUGUUGUGUGGACCAAGCCCCUCCUUGCAGCAAGUUCAGACUGAGUUAAUUGAAAGAUUCUGGAGUCCGCUACUGGAACCUUUAAUGACCUGUCUCAGGGUACAUCAACGCUCCUUCUCGGCUGGUAUUCCUUUACAUCGGAGCGUCCUUGGCCUUCUGUUAGUAAACAGAGAACAGAACAAGCAUUUGUUCACUCUGCAGCCUCAUGCAGUUGAACACAGUCAACAGCAAGGAGCAGCAGUUCCUCCCGAGAGACGCAGGUCAAUUUUGCGACAAUUUUACACCUUAGCUAUCUCUUCGUACUUUCCAGCGCAUUCAAGUGAAGAGACGUCAGCAUCUCUCCAUGAGGAAUUCCACACUGGCUUCACCCAUUCCCCAGCGGAGUGCUACAUUGCUGCUGAUGACCACAAGUGCUAUGCAAUCCAAACCCAACAGCACCAGCUCUUCUUAACCUUCACAUCAGAUACUCCAACCUUUGCACUACGAAAUAUUGCAACCAAAACGAUCACCCUACUAACGAAGGAGCUUCCUUUCUGAGCUGCACCUGCUGGAAUUCCAGACUCUGAGCACAGAGUAAUGCAGACACCAUCUUGUCCAUUGAGGUAAUAAUCGAACAGACCGUCAGCCCUGAAUAGUGCUAUCACUCCCUGAGAGUGAUGAGAAGCGAGAGCAACCCAGUUAGUCAAUGCUCUUGGUUCCUUUCGAUUUAAAAAAAGGAGAGAAACUGGCAGUUUUCCUUGUUAAUAACUGAGGAAACACCAGGUGCAGGAACAGCUGUGAGCUCACUUGCAUAGUGACACAUAGGAAAAUGGGAGAAAGGCCCAAGGAGAAACGGCUUUCAUCCUAUUGGAUAACUUUUGAAGUGGUAAUUCUCAGGAAAGUAAAGAGGAGAAGGGGUUUGGGUAAGGCAAAUUAAUUGCCCCUUUACUAUUGCUGCUGUGGCGGAUAGCUCUCAUUCACUGGCAUGAGGGUAUGGGAUGAGAAGAAGUUGAAGAACCAUCCUGGAAGGAAAAGGAACUGCGCCAGGGGGUGCACUUCAACUCUAGAACACCAGAAAGGAAAGCUAAAGUGAUUUGUAAAAGUGAUGUUAAAUUUGAUCCUGGGUCUUAGCCAUUGACUGCUCUUGGAAUUCCAGUGCUAGAAACAACUGGUUAGUUGGCAGAACAGCUGGAAGUACUGUUGUGUUGGACCUCUUACGGUUGUUGUUAACCCUGGCCUGGGCUGUCCCCCUUAAAAGAGUAUUCACGUUGAAGUCAAGCUGCUCCUAGCCAGCCGUGUAUGCAGUCACUAAAUAUUCUUGAGGCUAUCUGUUCUGGAUCAUGUAAAAUAGCAGAGGGAUGGAUUAAUGGCAGUGGAAUCUUGGACAAGGAGAAGUGGAGAAUUUCAUAAAAAUAAGUGGUGACAGGGUGAUUCACACCCAUGUAAGUUAGUGUUACAUAGUCUGUGUGUUACAUUUUGAGUGUACUUUAAUAAAAAUUCAUUUAAAUUAC